GCCACUAUGACGUCACCCCCGGGUCACGAUUUCGAAACCGAUUUGCUGAUUAUCGGGAAAACCGGUAAUGGCAAGAGCUCCACGGGCAACGCAAUUCUAGGUCGAGAGGCGUUUCACACUUCAGAUGACGGCGAGUCGGACACUUUUGAGGCCCAGGUAAGCAGGGCACGUCAUGAGCACAGGAAGGUCAAGGUUGUGGAUACGCCAGGUAUUUGCGAAACCCGGAUGGACAGAGGAGAUGCUAUCCAGAGAUUGGCCUCAAUCAUGGGGAACGUUAUGGUGAACUGUCCGAAAGGUUUUCACGCCAUGGUUAUUGUUUUGAAGUAUGGUCAAAGAUACACGAGGGAGGAGCUAGAAACAAUAGCAUGCCUAAAAUCUCUGUUUGGGGAAUCCUUUGUUAAAGACUUUGGCGUCUUGGUUUUUACCUAUGGCGAAAGCUUUGACCUGCAAAAUAAAAGGCGAUGCCCUAAGAUCUCUUUUAGUACAUGGUGUCGCAAUCAAAGAGGAGAGAUGCAGCAGCUCCUCCAAGAAUGUGACUACAAGGCUGUUCUGUUCAACAAUCUCGGUGAAGAGGAAGAACUAAAACCACAGCGAGAGGAACUGUUUCAAAUUGUUGAUUGUCUCAAGAGCAGAGGGGCGCGUUACACAAACGAGGCCUUUAAUCGCGUCGCAGAAGAAAGAGAGAAACUUAUCGUCAGGGAGAAUGCCCCAAAACUAAGAGAGGAAAUCCAAUCCAAAAUUGAUCUUCUGGUUGAUGGUUUGCAGCGUCUCAUAAACGACAAACAGCUUGACCAAGAAACGACGCAAAAGCGUCUGGAUUGGCUGAAGAAAGACACCCGAGAGCUUGCCUUCGAGAUUCGUAAACAAGACAGAGGCACAGGUGUCUUGCAGCAGCUUCAAGAGACCGUGUCUAAUCUUGAGCGUAAUAUAGAGAGUCAUGAAAAAGCCAUGAGGGAUGCGGUGAACAAGAGUCAGCUCGAUGCAGCACUGCAGCAAGCUAGGCACGCUUAUGAUAAGAGUUUGAAACAAUUCCAAGAAGAGCAGAGAGCGAGCAAGACAAGCUGGCGCAGCAUUCUGGCCGCCACUGUUAGAUCUGCUGUCUCAUUUUACAUAAACCCAGCCUUUGGUAUUGCAGUCACAAUGGACGAAAUCAGAAGAAUUGCCUUCUAGACUUCAGUUCUGAGGUUAGGUAUGUAGCAACGCUGCGAGCAAGUUAAUUCUAUAGGCCUACUAAUUGUAAACAGCAUACACACGGACAAUAAUAUUUGAAAAGAUUAUAAUAAUAUUUAUGAUUUUGAUGUAUUGGGCCUCAUUUGAAUACAUGAACAGAACAGUUUAACGAAAAAAAUAAAAUAAAUGGAAAGCAUGGUAAUAAUUAGAAUAAAGCCAAGGCUGAGAGUAGUGAAAUAGUGCGUUCUGUACAUGAAUUUUGAAUUUGUGCCAUAUAUGUGACUUAGGUUGUGUUUUAAUCAAUUCCACGCAUGGCCAUAUUUGAAGAUUAUUUUUGUCAUAGAUUGUUGAUUUAUGUAGUUUCUUUCUUCACUUUUGACACAUUAGUCUUAGACAUUGUGUUGUGGGAAGAUUUUAUUCUUGCACAGUGUAACGUAAGCUUUGCUUUGCGAGUUUGACAGAGAUUUUUAAACGACCAAAAUUUGUGAGUUUGGCAGAGAUCUUUGAGAAAGCAAAAUAUCAGAUUUUCUUACACUCGCGAGUUGUGUCCCCUGGCUACUAACUGUACAUUGUUAUUAGGAGACUUACUAAUACUAUUAUUAUCCAUUUACAUAAUUUUGAUAUUGAUGCACUGUUUCCUCAAGCUGAAAUUUACAUAAAUUUACAUGUCGCUAUCUCAGAAUUACAAGUCUGACGUUUUGGGCUGUUUUGAGGUACUGAGACCAUGAGGUCAGAUAUCAAAUGCUGUAUCUGCUCUAUCAAAAUCGUAAGUUUAUUCUGAGUCGCUAUCAAGAUAUUCAAAGAAUUGCAUUAGAAAGGGAUUGAAAUAUAGUGAAACUCAAAAUUUUCUACGUCAAAUUUCUCAAAACUAAGUACUGAGCAGAUAAAACUGUAAUUCUGAGAUAACAAUGUAUAUUUACAUGUGUAUUAUUGUUCUUACAUUGUCAAUUGUAUGAGUAUGAUUUUUUUUUAAAGAACAAAAAUGUCUGGAUUCAACAAUUUCAGUGAGAUGUAGGGUUUGGCAUGGGAAUAGAAAGCCAGUUUUUAGAUGAAACAAUUAUUUUCAAUUAUCAAUAGAUAUAGUUGAGAAUAAGGACAAAAAAGGUUUUUGGUGUUUUUUUUUUUUUUGUGGGAUGUAUUCAAGAAAACAAAGGGCAUCUCACGUUGUUGUCAUGUCAUAGUUGACCGAAAUAUCACUUAAGUCAACAACUCAAGUUUGCGUAUUUUCAAGUUAAGAAGAGAAAAAAAAUCCUGAAAAGAAUAUUAAUUUCCACAACGAUUAUCACAGAAAAACAAUAUAUAUAUACCAAUGUAAUCAGGAAGUAAAGCUGUGCAUUUCUCCAAACCAGUUAUACGAAAUGCCCAAACAUUUGUACAUGUUAAUUACAUGUAUUGCUCAUUUAAAAUGGUAAUGGAGACAACCAAAAAGAUACGAGUUAUAAAUUAAACACAUGUAUGGCUUUUAUGAUAUGUAGUGAUAGAACUGUUUGAUAGAACUGUUUUUUUGAAGAAAAAAAAGAAUCUUAACAACAA